AUGGCUACCCAAGUCACCCAACUUCCGUCGCAAAACGCGAAUGCCAACAACAAGCGCAAGCGUGGAGCCAGCGAUCAAGAAGCUGGACGUAAUGCCAAAGCACAGAAUACCAACGGGGACCACGAAGCUAGCUAUGCUGCACUUCUCCAAGGUAUUGAUGGUACCAACAUACCCGAAGCUGAUGAUAGCACUCGUACCGCUCAAGCCGCACUUGCUGCUCCAAUGGGCCAAUCAACUUACCCUGAGCCUGGCUCCUUUGACCCAACUGCUUCGUUGCCUUCCGGAUUCGACGAUGGCAGCCCCUCAGCAAACUUUGCGUCUGGUCCCCAGGCUCUCAUUGAUGCUCGUGCAAGCGUUGGCUUAGGCAACAAUGCAGGCAAACCUCCUGUCGGCACCGCAGAAUGGCAUCAGCAACGUAAGGACAAUCAUAAAGAAGUCGAGCGUCGUCGUCGCGAAGUCAUCAACGAAGGCAUCGAGAACAUUGCCAAGAUUGUUCCUGGAACCGAGAAGAACAAGGGCGCUAUCCUUCAUCGCACUUGCCAAUACAUUACCGAACUUCAGAACAAGGUCACUAACUUUGACAACGAACGCGCCACCUUCGAGAUUGCCCUCAAAGAACUCACCACUCGCCUUGAUAGAAUGAAGGAGAGCUCUCGAGCUGCCUGGGCCGAAUCUACGAAGUGGCAACAACGCGCUCGUGAGGCUGGUUUGAAUUUCGAUGACUACGACGAUGGUGCUCUGACUGGCCUUGAGGAGGAAGAUGUCAACGUCGCUGCUGACUCAUGA